CUAUACUGAACAACUGCCUACUGCUGCAGGAUACGUCUUGUGUGGAGAGGGGAACAGCUGAUCGACAGCGAGAGCCUGUUGACGAUAAGCUGCUCAUUCAGUUUGCCGUUUACCAUCUGGAUUCAACUCUGCUACCCAGUUGUUUUCGGUUGAAAAUCCACGGCAGUUAAACUCGUUUACACCAGCAGCUGUCACCGCGGUGUUUGACUUUGGGUUCACUCUUUUCAUUUGCUCUCUCAGUUCACUUAUUUACUAUUAGCUUAAUGAAUGUUGUUUGUGUGGUAAUAUUUUACUGUUGAGCUUGUAUGGAAAAUACUCCCUUAAAGACCAACCGCAUGCCUUACUUCAAUCGAUACAAGGCCAUGGGUAGACAAGAUCUUGAAGAGUCUCAGAGACUGAGAAGAGAGUCAGAGAGCUCAGAAAACCCAGAGCAUGACUGCAUCAGCCUAGAUAUUCAAAGUCAUCCUGAACGAACCAACAUGCCUUCACCUGUAAUGGGAGAAAGUGAGGACAUUCCUGGAUUAGGGCAAUAUGAUGAUUUUCAGACUAUAGACUGGCAAAGGGAUCUAGCUAGAGAUCGAAUGAGGCAUCGCUAUAUAGUGAAACACAAGAGAGACUCUGUUUGGGAUUUUAUUAAAGCUGCCCAUGAUGCAUGGUCAGGUUGGCUCUGUGUGUUUCUAGUUGGUUUGGUUGCUGGAACGGUUGCAAGUAUAGUAGAUAUCGGGACAACGUGGAUGACCGAUUUGAAAUAUGGAAUCUGUCCCGGCGCCUUUUGGCUGGAUAGAGAACAAUGCUGUUGGUCUUCCAAUCAAACGGCUUUUGGCCUUGACAACUGCUCACAGUGGUUGACGUGGCCCAGGCUUGUGGGAGUCACUGAUGAAAGUGCAGGUGGUUAUAUCAUCGCCUAUAUUUCGUACGUGCUGUGGGCAUUAAGUUUUGCCUCACUUGCCGCCAUUCUUGUCCGUAUGUUUGCUCCCUAUGCUUCAGGCGGUGCCAUUCCCGAGAUCAAAACGAUCUUGAGUGGCUUCAUCAUCCGCGGCUUUUUAGGGAAAUGGACGUUACUUGUCAAAUCUAUUGGCAUCAUGCUGUCAGCUGCAGCCGGUCUUAGUCUCGGGAAAGAAGGACCUAUGGUUCACAUCACUGUUUGCAUUGGCAACAUUCUGUCGUACCUCUUCCCAAAAUAUGGUCGAAACGAAGCAAAGAAGCGAGAAAUUUUAUCGGCUGCAGCAGCGUCUGGCGUAUCAGUCGCCUUCGGUGCACCAAUCGGCGGCGUGCUUUUCAGCUUGGAAGAAGUCAGCUACUAUUUUCCCAUGAAAACGCUCUGGCGCUCGUUUUUUUGCGCUCUGAUUGCUGCUUUCGUCGUCCGCUCUAUUGAUCCUUACGGCAACGAACAUUCUGUUCUUUUCUACGUCGAGUACAGCAAACCGUGGAUCUUUUUCGAAUUGAUUCCCUUUAUCCUACUCGGUGCCAUUGGAGGUUUAAUUGGAACCGUGUUCAUCCGAGCAAACAUUUGGUGGUCGAGAUAUCGUAAACAGUCACGCAUCGGACAAUACCCUGUUACAGAAGUAUUUGUUGUGACACUUAUCAACGCGGUGGUUUCUUAUCCCAAUCCGUACACUCGUAUGAGUUCCACGAGACUGAUUUACCUUCUUUUCAGUCAGUGUGGGGUAGCCAAUACGGACUAUCUAUGCGAUUACAACCGGAAUUACACAAAUGUUAAUGGAGCUAUUGAGAGCGCCGCCGCCGGAACCGGCGUUUACACUGCCCUGGCCCUGCUUUUCCUCGCACUGGCCUUCAAAAUCGUGAUGACUAUUUUCACUAUCGGCAUCAAAGUGCCCGCUGGAUUGUACAUUCCGUCCCUCUGCAUGGGGGCGAUCGUUGGGCGUAUCGUCGGCAUCGCUAUGGAGCAGUUGGCCUAUCAUUAUCCUCAGUUCUGGGCCUUCAGGGGUGAAUGUUCUACCGGAGAUGAUUGUAUCACUCCCGGACUCUAUGCGAUGGUGGGAGCGGCUGCCGUUCUCGGCGGAGUAACUCGAAUGACGGUGGCACUCGUCGUUAUUAUGUUUGAACUCACCGGGGGCGUUAGGUAUAUCGUCCCGCUGAUGGCGGCAGCAAUGGCCAGUAAAUGGGUGGGCGAUGCGUUCGGCAAAGAUGGCAUUUACGAUGCACAUAUCGCGCUCAACGGAUACCCUUUCCUCGAUAAUAAAGAGGAGUUUGGCUGUACUACAAUAGCUGCCGACGUGAUGCAGCCUCGGGGGAAAGCUCCAUUGACGGUCUUAACUCAAGAUUCCAUGACACUACGCGAAGUAGUUAGCAUUUUGGAAAACACGAAACACAAUGCUUUUCCAGUCGUUAUUUCCCGCGAGUCCCAUUUCUUGGUCGGCUGUGUUUUGCGACGAGAUCUUCUUUUAGCCAUAGGGAGCGUGCGUCGCAAGCAAGACGAUAUCAGUGACGAUUCACUGGUGAUCUUCAACGGCGUUCUUCAGAACAAUGCCUCGGCAUCGUCACCAGUGAAAUUGCGUCGCAUUUUAGAUCUGGCUCCUAUCACUGUCACUGAUCAUACGCCCAUGGAAACUGUCAUCGACAUGUUCAGGAAAUUGGGACUUAGGCAUGUUCUAGUCACUCAUAAUGGACGGUUAUUGGGCAUCAUAACGAAGAAAGACGUUAUGCUCCACAUGUCACACCAUCAGAGGACUAUACCGUCUGUGUUUCAUUGAGCGAAACAAACAUAGGUUUAUCAUCAUUUAAGUUUUGAAUGUCUGCAAAAAAAACAAUUGUUACUUCCACUCUACAUAUAGCUUCGUGCUCUAAUCAGCUGAUCGUCAUGAAUGUGCCGAUUUUUUUGUUUCUCACUCGCCAUUCACUCAAUGUGCAAAUUCUACAAAAGAAAAAGGUUUCUAGUCGACCUUAUACAUCAUCUGCUUGAAUUCAACGGAAAUUAUCUAUUUUUACAAAUGGUAGCUGGAUGGCUUAUUCGUUGGGCUUGUUCGGCAACAAAUCCGUAUCCUACCUCGUUGAAAAGACGAGGUUAUUGUUCUAAAAAAUGCGUAUUAUAUAUUAUAUUGAAAAAUACACCUCGUGUUCUGUAGAAUGUU